AUGGCUUUCCAAGCACCAUCUGAGAUUGUUGAUCUAGCUCUUGUUCCCCAUACUCCUCGAUAUCCUCAACGUAUUCGUAAACAUGCUAUUGGUUCUCGUUGGGUUUAUAAGAUUAAAACCAAGUCUGAUGGUUCAGUUGAGCAUUAUAAGGCUAGAUUGGUUGCCAAGGGUUUUAAUCAGCUGUAUGGUUUGGAUUAUGAGGAGACUUUUGCUCCUAUUGCCAAGAUGACGGCUUUGGAUGUCAAAAAUGCAUUUUUGAAUGAAAAUCUUCAUGAAGAGGUUUAUAUAGUUCCUCCUCCUGGUCUUUCUCGCUCUCCUGGAUAUGUUUGUAAGCUCAAGAAGGCACUUUAUGAUCUUAAACAAGCACCUCGUGCCUACCAUCAUGACUCUACCCUAUUCUUUAGAUGUACUUCGGUUGGUUGUAUUCUACUUUUGUUGUAUGUUGAUGAUAUAAUUAUUACUGGUGAUGAUGUUGGUUGGAUUGCAGAUUUAAAAUUAGAGUUGGCUCAUCGUUUUGAAAUGAAAGACUUAGGUGCUUUAUCUUACUUUUUGGGUAUUGAAAUUGCUUCUUCUCCUAGAGGUUAUCUUCUCUCUCAAUCUAAGUAUACUAUGGAUGUCAUUGAGCGUGUUCGUCUUACUGAUACUAAAAUUGCUGACACUCCUCUUGAGUCCAAUGCUAGAUAUUCACCAUCUGACGGUGUACCUUUGACUGAUCACACUUUAUAUUGCACCAUUGUUGGAUGUCUGGUUUAUCUUACCAUCACACGUCCUAAUAUUGCUUAUGUUGUUUACAUUGUUAGUAAGUUUGUUUCAGCUCCUACUACAGUUCAUUGGGCUGCUGUUGUUCGUAUUUUGCGCUAUCUUCGUGGUACUUGCUUUCAGAAUCUUUUGUUCUCAUCGACCUCCUCUUUAGUGGUCAGUGCCUAUUCUGAUGUUGAUUGGGCCAGCAGCCCUACCGAUCGCAAGUCCACUACUGAUUUUUGUAUAUUUUUGGGUGAUUCCCUUAUUUCUUGGAAGAGUAAGAAACAGACUGUUGUUUCUCGUUCAUCUACUGAGGCGGAGUAUCGUGCUAUGGCCUCCACUACUACUGAGAUUGUAUGGUUGCGUUGGUUACUUGCAGACAUGACUGGCACCAUUACCCCACCGUUUGUUUCUUCAUCAUUGCAGGUUGCUGACUUCUUCACAAAGUCUCAUCCAGUUCAACGUUUUCGUUUCUUGCUUGACAAACUCUCGCUGCUUCUUGCUGUGACAUCGUGA